AUGGUCAACUCGUGUUGUGGCUCCGUCUGCUCUGAGCAGAGCUGUGAAGAGAGUUGCUGCUGCCGGCCCAGCUGCUGCAGACCCCUUUGCUGCCGUCCCUCUUGCUGUGGCUCCUCCUGCGGUGGCUCCAGCUGCUGCAGACCCACCUGCUGCAUCUCCAGCUGCUGCCGCCCCAUCUGCUGCCAGACCACCUGCUGCCAGAGCUGCUGCUGCCGGCCCAGUUGCUGUGUGUCCAGCUGCUGCAGACCCCAGUGCUGCCAGGCUAUGUGCUGCCGCCCCAGCUGCGGUGGCUCUAGCUGCUGCCGUCCCAGGUGUUGCAUCUCUAGCUGCUGCCGCCCCUCUUGUUGUGGUUCCAGCUGCUGCCGCCCCUGCUGCUCCAGCUCCAGCUGCUGUGGCUCCAGCUGCUGCCGCCCCUCUUGCUGCAUCUCCAGCUGCUGCCGCCCCUGCUGCUCUAGCUCCAGCUGCUGUGGUUCCAGCUGCUGCCGCCCCAUCUGCUGCAUCUCCAGCUGCUGCCGGCCCUCUUGCGGUGGCUCCUCCUGCGGUGGUUCCAGCUGCUGCCGCCCCAGCUGCUGCAUCUCCAGCUGCUGCCGGCCCUCUUGCGGUGGCUCCUCCUGCGGUGGUUCCAGCUGCUGCCGCCCCUCUUGCUGCAUCUCCAGCUGCUGCCGGCCCUCUUGCGGUGGCUCCUCCUGCGGUGGUUCCAGCUGCUGCCGCCCCAGCUGCUGCAUCUCCAGCUGCUGCCGCCCCAGCUGCUGCAUCUCCAGCUGCUGCCGUCCCUCUUGCGGCGGCUCCUCCUGCGGUGGCUCCAGCUGCUGCCGCCCCACCUGCUGCAUCUCCAGCUGCUGCCAGCCCUCUUGCGGCGGCUCCUCCUGCGGUGGCUCCAGCUGCUGCCGCCCCACCUGCUGCAUCUCCAGCUGCUGCCGUCCCUCUUGCGGCGGCUCCUCCUGCGGUGGCUCCAGCUGCUGCCGCCCCACCUGCUGCAUCUCCAGCUGCUGCCAGCCCUCUUGCGGCGGCUCCUCCUGCGGUGGCUCCAGCUGCUGUCGCCCCACCUGCUGCAUCUCCAGCUGCUGCCGUCCCUCUUGCGGCGGCUCCUCCUGCGGUGGCUCCAGCUGCUGCCGCCCCACCUGCUGCAUCUCCAGCUGCUGCCAGCCCUCUUGCGGCGGCUCCUCCUGCGGUGGCUCCAGCUGCUGCCGCCCCACCUGCUGCAUCUCCAGCUGCUGCCGUCCCUCUUGCGGUGGCUCCUCCUGCGGUGGCUCCAGCUGCUGUCGCCCCAGCUGCUGCAUCUCCAGUUGCUGCCAGCCCUCUUGUGGUGGCUCCUCCUGCGGUGGUUCCAGCUGCUGCCGCCCCACCUGCUGCAUCUCCAGCUGCUGCCGCCCCAUCUGCUGCCAGACUACCUGCUGCCGCCCCACCUGCUCCAGUGCCUCUUGCUGCUGA